AUGUCCCAGAGAAGAAUUCGAAGCAACCUCAUUACCUUCAAUGCCAUCAUCAGCGCGACUGAGCGUGCAUCUUGGAGCUCCAGUCUGACACUGUUCACAGAGAUUCAUCAGCGGCGCAUCACAGACGUCAACCAGCAAGCAGCAUCCUACAACCUUCUCGUGACGUCGCGGAGACAUUGGCCCUGGACACAGCUCCUCCUGGCACAGAUGAAGGCCCAUGGGCUGAAGCAGCACAUUCUCAGCUACAACGCCGCAGGUAGCAGCUGUGCCCAGAGCUUCGAAUGGCACCACGCCGCUCACCUGCUGAGCCACCUUCGCGGCCGAGGCCUUGAGACCCAGCUGGUCACAGUGAACUCGUUGCUCUCGGCCUUGGACUUGGUCGAUCUUUGGAGGAGCUCCCUGCAACUGCUCCGUGCCGCGGCAAGACGCGGCGGCGCAGAUGACGUGGCCUUCAAUUCAGCGACCAGCGCCAUGGUUCACUGGAGGAAAGCCCUGCACUUGCAAUGCUCCCAACGUUGUUGGGAAGCGUCCGACACUUCAGGGAGCAGUGUGGGUCCAAAUGCCCUCCUGGCCAAGGUGGAGCAGUGGCCUUUGGCACUGGAAUUAGUCAAAGACCGGCCUGAGAAUGGCUGGGACCUGGUGGGCUUCAAUACAUUCCUGGAUGUCUUGAAGGCUUCCUGGUGCCAUGCCUUACACGUCCUGAAAGAGAUCCCUCCAUCUCGCUUGCAAAUCGACCUCCUAAGCUUCAAUGCAGCAGUUGAAGCUUGCAGCCAGAGCCUCCAGUGGAGCCAGGUUUUGUUGCUGCUGCAAGACUUGCAAUCGUGCCAAAUGAUGCCGAGUGUGUUGACAUUGGAUGCAGCGCUGCGAGCCCUGCAAUCGAGGUGGCUGAAAUAG